AUGGCGACCGCAGUAUCAGCCAAAUCCGCUGCGCAUGCCGGCAAGCUCAAGCGUCCCACACCCAGCUUCGUCCAAUCUGGACCCAACGGCAUGAGGCCUUCGCAGCCUACAGCGUCCGCCGUUGCCUCAACAAGCAAGCCGGCCUCCACCAACCAAGCUACUUCGUCGUCCUCGAUGAACUCCGCAGCCGUCAAUGGCGUCUCCGGCCGGCCAAUGCCGAGGGUGAGAAAGGAACCUCUGAAGGGGUCCGAUCCAUCUUCGCGGUUGCGCAUCUCCACAAGAGCUAGAAGUAUUGAUGCUAGCAAUGGAGAUAGGCGAUCGGCAAAGCGCCUCCCCGAGCCCUACGUGAAAACUACAGCUUAUCUCCUAAAGAAAUAUGCGAAGCAGCCACCAUCUUUCACGAUACAUCUUCACCCCACCCAUUUUCGAUUUGAGAAGCAAGACGGAAGCUUUCCUUAUAAUUCCGAAAUGAAAGUCAUCAUCGAACACAUCAAAGCCGGGACUGUUCCCCACGACAUGAUGGAGGAAUUGCUCAGGGGUGGUGUGCGAUUUUAUGAAGGUUGUCUCAUUGUCCGCGUCGUCGAUCACAAGUCCCUAUCCAACCAGCCUAGCUCGUCCAGGUCCUCGUCGAAGGAAAAGGGUUCCCUAUUUUCCAUUCAUAACCACAACGAGCACAUUACUCCUUCUCCCUAUACCCCCUAUCCCAAACAAACUCAGGUGCAACCAAAAGCUAAUAGCACUGGGCCGCCUGAUCAACAGUUGCAACCAUCAGGUCUUCACAAGGAGAAGCGGAACGACAAUGGUUCCUCCAGUGGUGCCCCAAAACCACAGGUUUUCACCACGGUCUUGUAUCCCACUCCUCAGUCGUUACAGGCAGAAUUAACAAUUUUAUCGACGACUCCCGAUCCAAGAGCAGUAGCUCAGCGACAGCCACAAGCCUACAACGUCUCACGGCCUCCAGCGUCCGCUACUCUCCCUUCGCCAUCUACCCCUCUAACCGCAGUCCAACCUUCACUGGCCGAUCGAGGACCUCCAACUAAGCGUCAGAAGAUGAUGGUGGAACCGCAUGAAUUAUCAGAAUUUGAAGCCAAGUUGAUCAAAGCUACUGCGCCCCCGCUGUACCUGGAGCCUGUCGAUAGUUUUGAGGCAAGCCAAAAGCUACUUAAAUCCCUGGAAUCGCCGCUUCACCGCCACAAGCCCCCAUCGCCAACGACGAGGAGACGGACGGUUGCUGAACUGGCCGCUGAUGAAGCACUGGCAGCGGAAGAGGAACGAUUCAUGCUUAUCAUGGAUGAACGACUUGAACCUGCUAGUUCAGCUGCCGCUGGAGGUAACAAAUCCGCUGUGGAUGAAGAAUGCGGUGCAGCACCCUUUGAGCCCCGGUUUUCACGGUUCAAAACUCUUGAAAAUAUUCGUGCCCAAUACGAAGAGAAGGCAAAACGCGAUCAUGAUCGAAAGCUUCAACAGGAUCGGGCUAAAAGAGAGCAGCAGGAUGCCGACAGAGAGAGACGACGGUCUGAGUUUCGUCAGAUUGAAGAACAAGCCAGGGAAGAACGUCGCAAGCAUUUGGCCGCGCAGCAGUCUCCGCAAACUCAGGCUCAGCUUGUCGCUAACCAGCAAAGCCGUCGGCCCCCCUCUCGCGGAAAUGCAGUUGGUAUUGCGGGCACGCAGGCACCGCAGUCAGCGCAUCUUGCCGCUGUAUCGCAAGGACCCCAGUCUUCUCCCAUUGUACGAAACACUACGCCACAUGCGUCUUCACCGCUAGCAGGGCAUGUGAUGGUUCCUACCAUGAGCCAGGGGAUUUCUAUGGGAAUGGGAAGUUCUGCUGAAGCCGCGCGGAGCCCAAUCGUCGCCACAACUUCAAUGCAAGCCGGCCAUCCAAAUGCGAUGAGCCAUCCUAUGGUCGCAAGCCGAAGUCAACAAGGUCAGAAUGCUCACGAAACACCGCAAAUGGCCCACGGGACACCGGCAAUGUCUCAUGCGACACCCAUAAUGCGAAAUAUUACCCCUACCCAACGCAUGGGACACGGAAGCCCCAUCACGACCACUAUGACCCAAACCCCUGUUAUGGGCCAAACUAUGAUGGCUCCACAAAUGAAUCGCAUGGUGAUGACGCCUCAGCAGCAGCAUGCUAUGAUGCAACAGAGGCAGGCAAUACUCGCUCAACAGCAAGGUCUUAAUCCUGGUCAUCAGUUUAACCCUCAACAAGUUGUGCAAAUGCAUGCGAACGCAGUCGCGCAGCAGAAUAUUCAACAAGCUCAGCAACAACAGAUACUGCAGCAACAGCAACAGCACCAUCCGCAGCAACAACAACAGCCUCGAGGGCCCCAACAGCAGCAGAUGCAUCCCCAGGCGUUUCAAGCACAGCUACUUCGCUCACAACUGGCACAUAUGCAAGCUGCCCAUCAAGGUCAUCAGCAGCAACAGACGCAGCAACAGCACCACUCGAAUAUACCGCAGCUGUCCGCUCAACAGCAACAAAUGCUUGCAGCCGCACAGCAAGCAGCAGCCCAACAAGGAGCCCAACAGCCUAAUGGCGUUAACAAUCCCAGAAAGCACCCACUGGCCCAGCACUACGGCAAUCUAUACCAAAGCCAUCUGCAGCGUCUUAGAGCAGAGAUGGCAAGCAAAUACUCCAGCACAGUUGGACCUCCUCAUACAUACCCGGCCGAGCUCCAUGCGCAUUUCCAUGAGGGUCUCGAAAAGGAGGCUAGGCAAUUCGUGAGUGAGGUUAUGAAGAAGGAUCGUGAAAAUGGCCGUCAACGCGCUAUUAUUGCUGCUCAAGUAGCCCAGAACCAAGCCCAGGCUCAGGCCCAUGCGCAGGCCCAAGCUCAAGCACAGGUCCACGCUCAAGCUCAAGCAAUGCAGCAGCAACAAUCGCAUAAUUUGAUGGGUAAUGGUGCAGGAAGGCAUUGA